CAGAGAAAGGCGGGACAAGCUGAGGUUGCUGCAGACAAGGAAUCGGAAAAAGAAAGAAUGACGUUUAAUUAAAUAAACGCACUGAACAUCAUCACCCAGGAAGGACCAUUCCAUGCAUCUUAAUAUAGACUGCAUAAGAUUGAAUUGAUUUAGUUGACAAAACUCCCUAGAAAUUGACUGAAGGACUGGCAACCAGGCUGCAGGCCCCACUCAUGACAAGAUGUCUGCCAGGGAGCGGAGUCCUCGCCACAGGCCGUGGUCUGUGUAUCGGGCCAACACCUUCGACCUCUCCUCUGAGAUGAUGGGAUUAACUCUAGCAGGCAAUAGCCAAGAUCCAGAUGAACCUGUAUUAGAAUUUAGUCUAGCUUGCAGCGAACUAAUAACACCAUCACUGGAUCGUAAACCAAAUAGUUUUGUAGCAGUAAGUGUAACCACACCCCCUCAAGCUUUCUGGACAAAGCAUGCCCAAACAGAGAUCAUAGAGGGCACAAGCAACCCUAUAUUCCUAAGCAGCAUUGCGUUUUUCCAGGACUCUCUAAUCAAUCAGCAGACACAGGUGAAGCUUUCAGUGUACGACGUGAAGGAUCGAUCUCAGGGAACAAUGUAUUUACUGGGCUCUUCAUUGUUCACUGUGAAAGAACUGCUACUGGAGAAACAACACAGGUUACAUCUGAUGCUAAGGUCUGCUGAAAAUGAGAGAGUGGGUAAUAUCACAAUUAUAGCAUGGCAGAUGGAAGAGAAAAGAGACCAAAGGGCUCCAGUGACACGGUUGCCUGACACUAUAAACGGAAGGAUGGUCCUGCCAGUUGAUGAAAGCUUAACAGAGUCUUUAGGAAUUAGAGCAAAAUAUGCAUCGUUAUGCAAAGACGCUUUAUUAAAAUCAGUGUUUGGUGGUGCAAUGAGUCGGAUGUACCGUCUCCCUACCACAGAUGGGAACCACCUGCGAAUACUUGAGCAGAUGGCAGAAAGUGUGCUUUCUCUCAAUAUCCCUCGACAGUUUGUAAAACUGCUCCUUGAAGAAGACGCUGCCAGAGUUUGUGAGCUGGAAGAGUUGGGGGAGCUGUCACCCUGUUGGGAGGGUCUUCGGCGGCAGAUUGUCACCCAGUAUCAAACCAUCAUACUGAACUACCAGGAAACACUGACCGACCUGCAUCAGUAUAAAGGGCCAUCUUUCAAAGCUAGCAAUUUAAAAGCUGAAAAGAAAUUGGAGUUUAUUCCAACCAACCUCCACAUCCAGAGAAUGAGAGUGCAAGAUGACUCAGGAUCAGAUCUGACGUAUGACAUAGUUACUAUCGGAGCACCAGCAGCACAUUGUCAGGGCUUUAAAAAUGGAGGCCUUAGGAAGCUCAUUCACAAGUUUGAAGAAGCCAAAAAGCACAUUUAUGAGGAGGGUUGCAGUUCCAUGUCCAGCUCGCAGUCCAUAGUUUACAUACCGCAGGACAUUAUGAAAGCGAAGGAGAUCAUAGCACACAUCAAUACUCUGAAGACCCAGGUCAGUUACUAUGCUGAGAGACUCUCAAGGGCAGCCAAGGACCGCUCCUCAAACGGCCUGGAAAGAACACUUGCCAUCUUAGCAGAUAAGACUAGACAGCUGGUGACUGUGUGUGACUGUAAAUUACUGGCAAACGCAAUCCAGGCGCUGAAUGCUGCUCGACCCGAGUACAUUGCCUCUAAAACCUCCCCCACAGCUGGGGAUGCAGACCAAGUGAUGCUCAGGAACGAUCAGGACACCCUGGUGGCGAGGUGGACUGGCAGAAACAGCCGGUCAUCACUGCACAUCAGUUGGCACGAAGAGGAGUGGGAAAAAGUUUGGCUGAAUGUCGACAAAAGCCUGGAAUGCAUUAUCCAGCGUGUCGACAAACUGCUUCAGAAGGAACGUCUACAAAGUGACAGCUGUGAGGACGUGUUCCAGUGCGAUCAAACCUGCACCAGCAAGAAAGGUAACCUGGAGAGGCGCGCGUACUGGAUCAAUCCAGACUGCAGAGGUGACACUAGCUCAUCAUCAACAUCACCACCAUCCUCAUCAUCCCCAGUGUCAUCUAUGUGCCAUUUUCACACACACAGAAAUUGCAACACCCCUGCUGAGGAGGCUGCUCCAGGAGAAUGGAGCGAGGCCCUUUAUCCGUUGCUAACGACUCUCACAGACUGUGUAGCUAUGAUGAGUGAUAAAGCUAAAAAAGCUAUGGUAUUCCUGCUAAUGCAAGACACUGCCCCAACAAUAGCUAUGGACCUGAGUCUUCAGUACCGGAGGGAUGUUGUCUUUUGUCAGACACUGACAGCCCUGAUUUGUGGAUUUAUAAUCAAGUUGAGGAACUGCCUUCACGAUGAUGGAUUCCUACGUCAACUCUAUACCAUUGGCCUGUUGGCACAGUUUGAAAGUCUUCUUAGUACAUAUGGAGAAGAGCUGUCAAUGCUAGAAGACAUGAGCAUAGGAAUUCUGGAUUUAAGAAACGUGACCUUCAAGGUUACACAGGCAACUUCAGCGUCAUCUCCGGAUAUGUUGCCAGUUAUCACAGGAAAUCGUGAUGGAUUUAAUGUGAGGAUCCCUCUGCCUGGCUCAAUGUUUGAUGCACUGCCCAGAGAGAUCCAGAAUGGAAUGCUGCUACGAGUACAGCCUGUUCUCUUCAGUGUGGGAAUCAAUGAGCAGCAAACACUUGCAGAAAAGUUUGGAGACACAUCAUUACAAGAACUCAUUAACAUGGAAAGUUUAGCUCGCUUGAAUUCCUAUUAUGAGCAGUUUAAAGAAGUUUUGCCUGAAGAUUGUCUACCUCGAUCGCGCAGCCAGACUUGCUUGCCAGAACUAUUAAGAUUUCUGGGCCAGAAUGUGCAUGCAAGGAAAAACAAGAAUGUGGAUAUCCUUUGGCAAGCAGCUGAGAUUUGUCGUCGCCUGAACGGAGUUCGCUUCACCAGCUGUAAAAGUGCCAAGGAUAGGACAGCCAUGUCGGUGACGCUGGAACAGUGUCUGAUCCUGCAACAUGAGCAUGGGAUGGCCCCCCAGGUCUUUACACAGGCCUUGGAUUGUAUGAGGAGUGAGGGUUGUCGCCGAGAAAACACCAUGAAGAAUGUUGGAUGUCGCAAGUAUGCCUUUAAUACUCUGCAGUUGAAGGCUUUUCCAAAACAUUACAGGCCUCCAGAAGGAACCUAUGGGAAAGUUGAAACUUGAUAGGACAUAAAAAAAAAAAAAUUAAAAAAUAAAAACUUUUAAACUUAAGAUAAAAACAGAACAUUGUGGAUUGCGUAAUGCACUGUUAAAUAUUAUAGUUAGUGAUAUGAAAACAAACAAAACAAAAACACAACAGGUAGAACCAACAAAGCUUACCAACAAAACUGUUUUGUAGAGAUUUCACUGAGUUACGCCACUCCAUUGUUUACACAAGAAUAUACAUUAGACAAAGCAUGCUUCUUCAACAUACUCUGUUAAAUAGGACAAGAAAUAAACCUCUAAUUAAUAGUAGUGUACUGUACAAUAAACUAUAAAUGCAACUCGAUUUCCUUCAUUCCUCGCACAUGAAAGCACUUCUCACACAGUGCAUCAAGUAUACAUGUUGUUGAGUGUAAACUUCCAUGGUAAGGGAACUGUGAUUAAAACACUGCUUUAAACUGAACCACGUUUGUGAAAAACUGGUAUAAAUUUAGGGUGAAUUAAAACUUGUUAACAAACUGGUGUUUAGGUUUGAAAAUAAAUGAAUGUAAAAAUAGUGCAGUGGUAGAAAAUCCCAGGAAGGUCACUGGAGGUUUUAAAAUAUACAUUUCAGUCUAAAAGAUUUGGUGGGUUUGUGACAAGUUGUUAAAUAUUGUGAUAAAGACCUAAAUUAGUAAAACAAAAUAUAUAAUAACAUUCCCGUUAACAUCACUUAUGUAGCCAAAAUGUCAGUUUUCUUUAUUUCCCAGUGAAAAUAUUUCAAUUUAUUAACCUCAAUGUGUACUGUAAGCUUGCUUCACAUUUACUGUAAAGUGAUUCCACAGAAUGCAAUUUUCCCUGGGAUUGCUUUGCUGCACAACUACUGUGAGUGUCUUAAGAAAUGAACAAUGAGGCAAAAGUUCCAUACACUUUAUCUCAUUGGGUUUUUCAAAAUGUAAUUACAAAAUAUAUAUCAGCAAAGUCAUUCUUUAAUUUGACAUUUUUAAACAUUGUUUUCUUUUUUUUUUAAUUAAAAAGAAAAAAAGACCUAGACUUACGCAAUUGCUUGAAUUAAAUUUCCUGCCAUGCUCACAGAGCUUUACUGCAUACGUUAUGUUUGCUGUAUUGCCUGCAUCAUUGAGCAUACAGUUUUGAGAAUACAGUACAUACCACCAUUUGAAUUCAGUUAAUUUCCAUCACUUCACAGCAGCUUCUUGUGGCUGAAAAUAUGCAGUACAUGAACAAUAUAAUGGUAAAUAAAGCUGCUUUAGCAUGUUUAAUAUAGUAAGGCACAAAUGACCUUGUUAUACAUUAAAAUUGUUGCCUGUGUAAAAUCUUUACUUAGUUUGCAUAACUGAUUGGAUCUUAUUGAUCAGAAAAUCUAUUGACAAUGCAAAUCACAAUUGACUGAGACUAAUAUUCACAUUAAAGUUAAGAUCACACUGAGAGCAGUUUAAGCAACAAAGUGCUUUAUUUCACAUGAAACACACAUGUGAUUUUAAAUAUGUUACAUUGCUAAGGUUGCUGUUCUUUAAAGCCCCUUGUAAUGUAUGUGUUCUAGUUUAAUCAUUACUGUGAAAUAUGUAGCAUUAUUUCAACUGGGAAUGUUCUGUGAUUGUUACAUCAGUGGCAGAGAUCUGAUCUAGCCCUUACUGUUGUUGAUUCCCUAGUCCAUUGAAAAAGUAAAUUAACCAUUAGUCUGUUGAAGUGAACUGCAAAUAUUCAGCUUACAUUACUGUGACAUAAUUUUCAUGUUGCUUCAAAACUCAAUAAAUUAAAGAUGCUGAACAAUGAUCGGGGGAAAAAAAUACAAACGAAAAAAAAAAAAGUAAGGAGCUUGCAUGUUAACUUUGUGAUUAACUGAGCACCCAAGUACAAAAAUGCAUACUAAAGGCAUACUAUUCGGGUGUAUUGUCAUGCUGACUACAGUAGGGGCUCAGUUGAAAAUGUUUUUGUAAAACAGUGAUAAAUUUGUGUAGGUCACUUUGGUACUUAAUGAACUGAAAAUAUGAAAAGUUGAUUAAACACAUUAUAUUGGGAAGCAAGAGACAAAAUAGCAACCCAUAACUGUUGCAUGCAGGUGGACACAGCUGCUGAAUUUCAAAAGUACAAUCAAUAGAUUUCACUGCUGUUUACAUGCCAAUUAGACAAUCGCCCCUCAAACUGUUAUUGCUGUGCUCACAAAAGCAAAUUCUUCAAACAAAGCUCACAGUUCUGUGCGGAAUCUAUUGACUUACAUUGUGUGAUUGACUGACUGUAAAAGUAAAAUCUUGUAAAUUACAAUAAAAUGCAAACUAGUGUAGCAGCACAGUUCAAGAUUUGAAAGACUGCACUUACAGGUUAACAGCACAGCUGAAGUUAAAUACCAGGUUGUGCAUUGCCACCUUCAGAGGCAUGUCAAAUACAUUGCAUAGGUAACACCAUGUUAGUAGCACUUUGUAUUUAUCAAGAAUGGGGAAAGAAAAGUGUCUUACUUUUGAUGCAUGUAGCAAAGCUAACAUAGUUGUACUUUAAGGUACUAAUUUACUGCAUAAUAGUGACAAAUUGAUAAGAACAACUGUGCAACUUGUAUUGUCUAAUUGUACUGUGUGCACUUUACAGUCAUUUUUAUUUUGAAGGAUAAAUAUAUUGUAAAUUUUUUAGGCUGAGCACCUAGAGUUGCAUUUUAUUUUAGUUUUGUGUUCUUUAUAUAUAUUGUAACAUUGUAUAAUUCAAGACAAAUGCUCAGUCACAAUGCCAGUUGCCAAGUUGAAGCAUUCGGUUUUCUUUAUUUAUUUGUUUUUUUUAUUUAACGUUUUAUGUUUUUGGUAUACUCACAGCCAAUCUUUUUAGAUUUAGCUAUGCUGUAUAUGUGCUUUUCCCAGUGCUCUCCUAUACAACUAAAGCAAUUAAAAGAACCGACAGUAAAAAAAUUAAUUAAAAAAAAACAUUCUGUUGGUGUAUUUUUUUCUUUUGAGACUGUUCCAAUUUCAGCAAAAGUAUGUGCUGUAUAUUUCAGGUGUUACCAUUUGUUACUGUCCAACUGAUGUAUGUCAUACACUGUAAACUGUUUGCAUUGAAUUUAGGAUUUGGAAUAUGUCCUCAUUGCAUAAUAAAGGAGUUGUAUGCAAA